GGAAAAAAGGGAAAAGGAGAGGGGGUUGGCUUGGUUUUGGUUUGCUUUGCCGUCAGAAAAAAAAAGCGGUCGACGGACGCCCCGCUGGCCGCCGCGCCGCCACCCCCGGCCGGAGUCAUGGCCGAUCACUCCCUCGGCUUCUUCUCCGCCGUCUACUCCCGCCUCCGCGCAGCCUCCUCGGCUUGGCGCCGCAACGAUGCUCCUGCUCGCGACACCCAGCGGAGUCUGGAGGCAACCGUAAGGUCGCGCCUGGCGAGGCGAGCGGGGGCGGCGCGCCGCUUCGGUCGGAGCCUCGCCUUCGUCUCCUUCAACCUCGAGGUGCUGCUGUUUGUUUAUGCAUUCUGGAGGGCGAGAAGACGGAAUUUCAACUGGAGGCAACCUCUUCAAGCACUGCCCAUGCUUGUAAUCCCUGCUCUAGCGACGCUCAUUUACGCUGCAUUUCUACGCUUCACCAGAACGCUCGAUCUCAAGGACAAGAAAACGCUCCAAAGGCUCCACCACCAAAGUGGAUCUGGGUCUCACCACCACGACCAAGACUCUGCCAAAAAAUGUGAUCCUGUGGAUGAUGCAAGCAAUUUUUCAUCUGAAUCUGAUCCCGCAGGAACUUCCAAGCUUGGAAAACACCAUCGUUCAAGUAGUAAUUUGAGAGAUGACUAUGGAGGAGAUGGGUCUUGGGACCAUAGCAAGGAUUUCCAGCCAAUGCAUUCUGAUGGCCUACGGCGAAGAAUAUUCUCAAUCGAGAAAAUACACAUAACCAACAGCAGUGCAUUCAGACAACUAAUCAAUUGGUCAUCCGAGCAUUUAUCUGAUGACCCAGAGGACCUAAAUCAUAUGGAAGGGACUGCUGCGGAACACCGCAGCAACUCAGGUGAUGAUGUUGCGGAGAAUGGCGCGGCUUGCUCUACUGCACAGAUAAGCUCAUUGUUACAUGGUUGCAGUAUUGCUCACAUAAUUUCAAAUGCUACCAAUCAUGCUGAUGUUAGUUCAUCAAUGAGUUGCCCGAAAUCAAAUGGAGGUCUGGCUGAAGCAGAUGCUGUGCAAACGGUGCUGACUGGGCCUGAAUCGGACCUUUCUGCCAUCGCAGGGUUGCAUCAUGAGGGAGUUGAGAAUGAAUCUUCCAAGCUUCAUGUAUCAGAGGAUAACAGGAUGCCCUUCAUUUCGGAGAAGGAGCUAUUACUGAGUUCAAACGCAGUAAAAAAUAUGGAGCAUCAUUCGGGGACUUCAGGAUUCACCUUAUGCGGUCAAGAGACUGAGAAUGAGGACACUGCUGGAGGUUUCUGCUUUGUUAAGAUCAGUCCUGAGUUGAGCUUCUUAUCCUCUCCAGAGUUAGUUGUGGAGGGUGGCAAGGAUGCCAGCGAGAAAGAACCAUGUCAAUUAGACGAAAAGGAGGAGAACGACGUAUCUGCCAAUAUAGAGGAAGCUUUGGUAGGUACCCCUCUAGUCAAUACCGCUGAACCGGACUAUGGAACUACAGGUUUCUCUUUGCGCCCUCAAGAUUCCAAUAUGAUGGAGGCUCCUGCAGUUAUCAAUAUUUUUUCUGCAAUUCCUGAAUCAAACCAACCAGCAUCUGUGGAAUUACUUGCAGAGAAUUAUGUGGACUCCAAGGAUGCUCAAAUAUCUGAUGUGCACUUACCGGAGCAGAAGGGCCAGGAAGAUUUUCUGGAUCCACUUGUGGUCAAUUCUUUUGAGUAUUCAUUUGUAUCAGAGUUUUUGUCUGAGGGAGCAUCUAAACAUCAAAAUAAUGCUGUCGCCUCUCCAUAUGAUGGUGGUGACGCUGAGAAUGCAAUAAGCGAUUCAAUGUCCAUCCAAUUCAUCCCAGAAGCCAACAUAAUGGAAGCUCUUCAGGAUGUUCAAGAAACAUUACCCAAUCCACAUCACCGCAGUGCGGCUGCGGAGAUGACCAAAGUUCUGGGUGUUGUCAAGGAAGGUUUGUCUGAGGGAGCAUCUAACCAUCAAAAUAGUAUUGUCGCCUCUUCAGAUGAUGGUGGUGAUGCUGAGGAUGUGAUAAGCGAUUCAGUGUCUGUCCAACUCAUACCAGAAGCCAACAUAAUGGAAGUUCUUCAAGAUGUUCAGAAAACAUUAUCCGAUCCACCGCAGCGCAGCAGUUUUCGUUCACAGAUUUUCUUAUCUUCAAGUGAGAUUAAUAAUGAUGAAGCUUAUUCAAGUAACUCAAAUUCUUACACUUUAUAUGCCAACUCAGUGGAAAAUGAAGAAUCCCCUGCUAGUAAAGGAGGAGGUUCUGUUUCUAAAGAUGAAAUGAACUUUGCUUUUCUGGACACUCCCAUCUUGCUAAAUGAGGAUACAAGUGGAGAAAGUUGGACAGAUAAUGCUGGAUGUUCUCGAUGUAUUCCGGAAAGCAAUAGAACUCACUCUCUUCAUGAUGGCAAACUAGCUUUACCUAGGACAUCUGAGAGAGCUAAUGUUGGUCUUGAGGAAAGUCUCAUAUCUCUAGACCAGGAAAUAAACCUGGAAAUAUUUUCGCUAUAUUCCAGAUCAUCUUCAUGUGUUUCAGAGGUCAACAUGACCGAAACUCUCAGAAGUGGCAUACUUCCUGCUCUAGAAAAUGAUGAUGAUUUCAGCUUCGACGAGAUGACCUCCAUGAUGGGUCCCAAUGUUAAGCAUGCAGAGAAUUAUACAGACAAUGCAAGGUCUGCUGAAUUUGUUCCAGAAAUCAACAUGACAGAAACUCUUAAUGUUGGUAAGGAAGCAACUGCUCGUCUAGAACAUGAAGUUUCUUCAAAUUUUGACAUUAGUUUGGAGGCUCCUGAUAUAGGCAAUGGUGUUGAAAAAUUUGAUAACUCCCUGGACUUAGUGUUGUGGCCAUUUGAACCAGUAGUUGAUGCAUCUGAAGGCAUGCAAGCUGCUCAAGGGUUCUCUAUGCUGCAAUCUGAAAAUGAUUUUUCUUUUGUUAAGACUAAUGUUACUACUAAAGAUGUCAACAAUGAUGGAGAUCUCCAAAAUAGCCAGGAAACAUCAAUUGAUGCUUUGGGAUCUGCUCAGCCAGGGUUAUCCAAGUCAGAGGAUGAAGGUGUUUCAACUCUUCGUGGGACUUGCAAGUCUCCUGAUGCUGUUGGGGUUAUUGAUUCUGAUAAUGUUUUAAUGGCUAAUUAUGCUUCGGAUCUUCGCAGUGCAGUAGGAAAUCAUUUCUUCAGCCAAAAUGCAUCACCUGAAGCACAACCCCAGGAUCCCUUAAUGUUCAAGGAGUCUUUAGUUUAUCCAGACGAGCUUUCUGUUUCUGAGAACAAUUCAGACAAUGCAAAGUUAUUGUUUUGUUCUACAAAAGUCAACUUGAUUGAAUCUCUGGAUGGUGAUAAGAGAGGAACUGAUCAGCAACAAGCUGAAACCAAUUUGGUUUCUGAAGAUACAUACAUGGCUUGCCAGGGUUCCACUUCUGAAAAGUACCUUGACAAUUUCGGGUAUCAACAUAUUUCAGAUGCCAAUAUCACCAAGACUCUUCAAAGUACUGACAGAUUAUUGUCCGAGAUGUUUCAUGAUGGCAGCUUCUGCACAGCAGGGACCUCUGUUUCUCUAGAUGGUGGCACUGAUGCAGACAAUUCUUCAGCUAAUUCAGGUUCUGAAAUGCGUACUGCACAGAAUAACACAGUAAUUCUCCUUGGUUUCCAAGGACCUGAAAAAGCAAUUGUUUCAAUCUCCCAGUAUGAGGUUGAUCGUGCAGAAAAAAAUGGCUCCGAUUCUAUAUGCGCUGAAGCUACCAUGACUGGAGACAUACAAGGUUUCCUUGAGGAAAGGAAAGUUUGUGAGUGGCGUUGCACAGAUAAGGAACCAAAAGACCUUAAGGUUAAGGAUAUGGAAGAGGACGUUCAAGGCUUAGAUGAGGAUCAUGAGGUGAGUCACAUGUCCUCAGAUGUUGCUUUGAACUUCUAUCUUCUUUACUGAGAAUAGUCCAUAGGUUUUCUUGGGGGCUCAGAUUGCACCUGCUCUUGCACAAGAGCCUUUUGCAAAGCUUUAUGCUAAAGGAGUACCUUGGAGAGAUUUGCCAGUGAUUACAGUCAAUGAUUUUGAAGCUGCAUGACUAGCUGUUUCGGCAAGAGGAAACAAGAACCUGCUAUUCACAAUCAGCAGUAGCACUGGGAGCAGUAAUGCGUGUGAGCUAGCAGACGUGGUGCGCUGGACCUCUCUAUAAUGAAACCAAUACACUUAGUGCCCAUCUACCUUCACCUGUUGAUACUUAAAACAGGUCAGAUAAUAAGACUUCAUGCAUUUCAGAUGUUCAGUAGAAUGCUCACCUACUGAACAGCCUCGCAAAACAUCUAGAAGCCCGUGAUGGAAGCUGGUUCAAUUAUUUUGGCAGCGAAAACUUCUAGCAACUAGGAUACAACAGUUAAAGUUUGAGUAACAGUGGUGUAGCAAGACUCUGGUCAGAGAGUGGGAGCAAAAAUGGAGCUUUUGUACAGAGUGAUAUGAGAAUUCCUAAAAUUGUCAGCUCGUGGAAAUUAUGUCAAAUCACACCUCUUGAUUAAGUCACUCAUGCAGUUGUGGAAGAAUCUCGAGUUUUGGAAAGAGAAGCCCAUCCUUUGGAGUUUCUUUUUUUGGGAGUACAUUUGUACAUAUCAAUAUAUUUUGGUAAAUAUGUUGCCAUCAGUAGCUCAUGUGCAAUCUAUUAAAAUGCCUCAUUUCUUCAUGAGGUGACAAUAGUUUUGAUGAGUGCUUCUCACGUAGUCUUUUUUGUUCUUUUCUCUGAGUUGUAGGGUACAAGUGGUAUGUGUUUUUCUUUGUGUUUUUCUUUUCUGGUUUAGAAUACACUAACUUUUUUGGUAAUAGGUGCAAAAGAGAGAAGAUUUGCUUGUGCAUUUCA